AUGAGCAGCCAUAACCCUGACAAGUACAACAAUACCACGAGCUCGGCGCUUCUUGAACAGUUGGUGUACAUCGACACAUUCAUGAAUAAUGGGACGUCGUCGUCCGCCGGUGAUCUAACACCGAAUUUGGACAUAGACGGACAGCUUUCCAUCGACUUAGCGGCCUUUGCUGAUGACUCGUUCAUUUUUCCAGACGAAGAUAAGCCCAAGAACCAUAAUCACGACGACGACGACGAUAGAAUAAGUAACAAAGACUUUGGUGAUCAUAACGGAAAAGAGAACGAAGUCAUUUUCAAGACAGAAGAGGAUCCUCUCAUGACCCAGCAUCCUCUCAACUUGGAUUCAUCUACGGACAACUCGCCAGACAUGCAGCAACAGCAGAAACAUCUCCUUGCCAACCAGAAUGGAGCUGGUGUGCUAAACGACAUCAACUUCCAAAAGCUUCCCAAGUUCCCGGUGCCUCCAGGAGCCAAGUCUUCGUUAGAAUCUGCUGGUUUGUCUCAGAACCAAAUCGAUCUUUUGAGUGCGUUGAUAGCACAGCACCAAACAAGCUUAGGAAAUUCGAUUCCCCAACUGCAGAACUCUCCUUCUGUGCAACAGGUACUGCAACAACAGCACGCUCAACAACAUCUGCAACACAAUUUGGGUAACUCCUCAUCAUUUUCUAGUUUUAAUAACGACGGUUUGACGCCCUCGGCUAACGGCGGCAGUUCUGCCGAACUCGAUAAACGCAGACGCAACACGGCUGCUUCGGCUAGAUUCAGGAUUAAAAAGAAGUUGAAGGAGAAACAGAUGGAAAACAAGAUACUAUCAUUGAACGAGCUUAUCAAAGAAUUCGAAGUCAAGAUCCAGCAAUUGGAAAUGGAAAACAAAUUGUUGCGUAACUUGAUUAUUGAAAAGGGUUCUCAAAAAUCCGACAACGAAUUGAAGUUGUUGAGAGAAAGAGCCAAGAUGAAUUAG